GCAAAAACCACCCAGAACGGGUUCACAACUGUUUCUAACCGUCCAACCCCAGCCACCCACUACUAAGCCUCCCCCCAAGGGCCGAACCGCUGCCCCCCCGACAGGGCGGUGUCCGCCAACCCAACCACUAAAAUUCGCGAGGUCAAAAUCUCCUCAUGAAUCCCGAGUUUCCUUCCUGCAAACAACCUUCACCAUUCUCUCGCGCCCGGGGAGGAAGGCCCCACUCUGCGAAGUGAAGGAAAAAAAAAAAAACAAAAAAAAAAGGCGGUCUUCAAUAACACAAUUCCACGGGUCAUCGAUCAGAAACACUAAAAGUCCUAUACUUAAACCCCCAGAACCCUCAAUCGCCUGUCACCCGCGUGUUAUCAACUUUUCACCUCCAUCGACCUUGCGCGCGCACGCGCGGGCGGCAACUUCAUCAUCCACUCAUUCCAAUCUCACCCUCACCAAUCCCCUCAAACCAAACCAAACCAAUAAAGAGAGAAAGAAAGAAUCAAAAUGGUCUUCAUCCGGCUAAUCAUAAAAGUCUACCCACGGGAACAACUCUCGCGCCCAUUCCCAACCCCAAACAGGAAGUCAUUCAACACCACCGAACCCGAAACGAAGCCCGCGUCCUUCCUCCUUGCGCUCCCCAAUCCGGAAGAAAUCACGCUCGGCCAGCUGGCCGGCCUGAUCCGAUCGAAAUGGACCAAACUCCGGCCCAAUGCCGAGCCUCUCGAUAUCAAGAAAUUGCUGGAUGAUAGUCGCGACACGGUCGAUUUGGAUGUGGAUAUGACGGUGGCUGAUGUGUGGGUGAAUCAGGCCCGUGCGAAACGUGAUGAGGAUGAUCAGGUCGGGACGGUGAGGGUUGUGCAGAGGCCUGCGGCGUAUGCGCCUGUUCGGUUUCCUUCGGUGGAUCAGGAUUGGGGGGUGGGUAGGGAGGAGAAGUUUACGGGGAAGUUUGAGACGAUUCAGGAGGCUGCAGAGAGUGAGACUGACAGUGGGAGUGGCAGUGAGGAGGAGAGUGACGACGAGGAAGAGGAGAGUGAGAGUGAGAAGAAGAAUGUGAUCGAAUCGCGGGCUAUGGAAGUGGAUGGCAAGGACGAUGAAGAAAGUGAAACCGAUGAGAGUGAAGAGGAUGAGGGAAGUGAGGAGGAGAGCGAGAGUGGAAGCGAGGGAGAUGAGAAUGAGCAGGUCAAUGGACGCACCAACGCGGAGGAGUCUGGGGAUGGAGGUGAGAGCGAAGAAGAAUCGGCCCCGGACAACGACGUCCGCAUGGAGGAUAGUUUGCCCGAAACGCGAGUGCUCAAGAGAAAGAUGAGCCCCGAGGAGCUCGAGCCCAAAAAGCAACCCCGUUUAACACAAUCGAGUCAGGCGACUGAAGCUGACACCGACAACGUGAAUGGAGCCCCGGUGACCAGUCCCUUGGGGACGCGCAAGCGCAACGCUGAUAGAGCGCCGUCGUUCUCUGGGGUUGGUCGACGCUUGAGCUUUACAGAGAGGCCGGCCCUGUCACAUGGCCUUGGUCUGGAUUCUACACAAUCCGAGUCUGUUCCGAAUGACGCAAGAUUGUCGCCGACAUCUGUUCCCCCGAGUAGCGCACCACCUGCUAUCCGUCGCAGCUCGGGCAAUCAGCACCCCGCAACCCCGGCCAAGUUACAAACCCCGGCAGAUAAGGUCCGACUGCUCCAAUCCGCUCUGCGCAAGGACUCCCCCGCCGAGCGGUCCCCCGAACGCCGAUCCGUGUCCUUCGCCGAAGGAGAAGACCAUGCCAUUCCUACCUCCGUCCCUGUCACGAGGCCAACUGCCCGGGUCCCCCAUGAGAAGCCGACGAAUGGGACCAACUCCGGCUCUAAGCCGGCUCCCCCAGAGCCAGAAGAACCGUCAGAGGAAGAACAGGGCCGGUCGGAAGACGAGGAGCUGGAGUUCAGCAAGGAACUAAACAUGGAGAUAAACGAGUACGACAGGGAACUCCAAACGAACGACCUGGAUGAGAAGUCCGAAUACACUCGCAAAGUGAAAUUAGCAGCGAAGAAAUGGCAGAUUAUGAAGAACAACAUGAACAAGACCCGGAGAAGAGAGCAAGAGAGGUACAAGAACGCAGUUAACGAACUCAAGGUGUUACAUCCCCAGAUUGUCGAGCUCAAGGAGUUCAACAAACCACCCGCCCAGCGCCCCAAGUCCCAGAUAUCGAAUGGCACUCCAGCUACAAGAAAGCUAUCCCGAGAUCCUACCAGUUCGCAGAAUCGCAGAUCUCAGGAUCCCUGGGACGUUGAAAUUCUAACUCCAAAUGCGAACUCCAAAAAGCUUAUUCCGACAAACCUUCCAUCCUCACAGGCCAGUCGCAAGUCUUCCGAACGCGACGAAGUCCAACCCCAAGAACAACAGAAACCACAAUGGAGCGCCGAAAUCCCCACGGCUAAGACUGCGAGUAGUUUAGAAAAACGGCCAGAGCCUAGAAAGCUAUCCCAAGAGAGACCUCCAUCUCCACCCACAGAAUCCGAAUCUGAAUCCGAAUCUGAAUCUGAAUCUGAAUCUGAAUCAGAAAAAUCCGGAUCCGAAGAAAACACGACGGAGCACAAGAAACCAUCUUCACAGGAGAAGCCACCAUCCCCACCCGCAGAGUCCGAGUCGGAAGAGGAAUCCGGCUCCGAGGAAGAGGAAGACAAUACCGCACCAAACCAGCCUAACUCCCCGACCAAACCGUCUCCCCAGAUUGAGGUAUCUGUACCCGAGCCCGUCCCCGAGCCCGGCUCAGGCUCGGACUCGGAACAACAAUCCGGCUCCGACGAAGAGGAAGAGGAGGAAGACGACGACGAGAACGACAGAUCCACGGAUGAAGAAAGCGAGAACGAAGACGACAACAAACGCGAAGGAAAAGAAGCGGAAAUAGUCCAACAACCAGAACCACAAGAAGACGAUAUCGUCCCAGAAACAGAAGAAGAGCGAGAACAAGAAACCACAACCCAGGCCCAACCCAACCCACCAUCAACCGAAACACCCUCCAACAAACCCGACCCAGCCGCCGAAGAAACUGCCUCCGACACGGACGAAGAAGAAGAAGAAGAAGAAGAAGAAGAAUCAGAUGACGAAUCCGAAAAAGAAAACCACCACCCUCUCCCCAAAUCAACCCCACCAACUAAAGCCAACGUCCCUCGUCGCACCAGUCUCAAUCCGCCUUCAUCACAACCGAACGCGCCCUCCAGCCAGCAACAGCCAACCUCCUCCCAAUCCACCCCCACAGGCUCCCGACCAACCCGCAAUACCCUCAAAACCCUCCUCUUCCAACAGCGCGCAGAGCAGGCGCAGGCGCGUUUAAAGAAAGAGGAGGAGGCGGCGAAACGGAAUACCCAACCGCGUAAGGAUAUCUUCUCGGGGCCAGAUAGUGAGUCCGAGGAUGAGGACGAGAGCGACAGCGAGAGCGAGAGUGAGAGUGAGAGUGAAAGUGAGAGCGAUAGUGGUGCGGAUGCCGGGGAUAUCUUGUCCAGUGGAACGAUAGGGAAGUUAAGGGCCGCUUUGCCGCGGAGGUGAGCCUUUCUUCACUUCCUUGCUUUGUAUCAUUUGUGUCGUUUAGUAGUUUGUUUCUUAUUGUAUUGUUUGUUUUCUUUCUUGGAUGCAGGUCGUUAAGUGAUGAGUAGAGUGUAUCUAAUUGAAUCUGAGCAUAUGUCCGUACUG